GGGUUUGUAGGAAAAAUGACCAACAACAUAGGAAGAAACCUCGUACACUACCAAGUCACGGACCCCAGCGACGACCCACUAACCCCACGCCCAGGCACCCUCAGAUACGGCGCCACAAUGAUCAAACCCAAAGUGUGGAUCACGUUUCAAAAAGACAUGCACAUUGUGCUUAACAAGCCGCUUCUUAUUAGCAGCUACACGGCCAUCGACGGCCGUGGCGCCACCGUCCACAUCACGGGGAAUGCGUGUCUGAUGGUGUCUAGAGCCACCAAUGUCAUAAUCCAUGGGCUUAUUAUCCACCAUUGCAAGGCCCAGGCGGCUGGCCGUGUAAUGGGGCCGGGUUCGAAGAUCGUUUCGUUGGGACACGUGGACGGUGAUGCCAUUCGUUUGGUUAGUGCUUCUAAGAUUUGGAUUGACCAUAACACGCUGUAUCGGUGUGAGGAUGGGCUGAUUGAUGUCACUAGAGGCUCUACGGAUAUCACCAUUUCUAACAAUUGGUUGAGAGAUCAAGAUAAGGUUAUACUUUUGGGUCACGACGAUGAUUAUUUUCGGGACCGAAACAUGAAGGUUACUCUCGUUUAUAACCAUUUCGGACCUAAUUGCAACCAACGGAUGCCCAGGAUUCGAUACGGGUAUGCACACGUGGCGAACAAUUUGUACCAAGGUUGGACACAAUACGCAAUUGGAGGCAGCAUGAAUCCUAGUGUGAAGAGUGAAGCCAACCUCUUCAUAGCAUCAAAAUCAAAACAGAUCAUAUGGAGCACAGGCAAAGUAGAGAACGCCAAGUGGAAGUUCCAUUCAGUAAGAGACGUUUUUGAAAACGGCGCUUCCUUCGCACAGAUCGGCGCUGGCCGAGGCGGUGUCAAGCCAAAUUACAAUGCCCUGCAGCGCUUCCCAGUGGUAGACGCCAAGUGGUUGCGGUCAUUGACAAGCUCUUCCGGCGCCCUGCGCUGCUCACCACGCUCAAGGUGUUGACCACUUGGAAUUUUUGUUUC